UCUUCAGUCUAUGAGUGUGAGGUUCACCUCCCCACCGCUACACACACGCACGCAGCUGCGGCAUGUGGGCGGUGAGGCGGGAGAUGGGGCAAGAGUUACGGCUGAGGUCAAAAGAAAACAUCAUAUUUUCAUAUCCAGCAUCAGAAGGACGCGACAAAGUGCUGAGCCACGCUGAGUAAAGGUUGGCAAUGGGGAAAACUGGACGAGGGGGGCGGGGGGGGAGUGGAAGGCGAUACCAGGAAGACGGCAGUCCUAGGUCACGAAGACAGCGGCUGAGUGAGGAUGGGGGCGGGGCAAGGCGGGCUGGAAGGUGGAGGAGCCUGAAGGACGGGACAACAGCUCGAGGAGUAUAAAGCGAGCGACACGCUGGCUUGGGCAUCAGUGUGCUCCUUCUGCUGCUGCUGUUACUUCAGUGCUGACAACAGUGACGACGAUGCGUGUCCUGGCCGUGCUGUGUGUGCUGGUGCUGAUGGCCGUCGCCGUGCUGGCUGGUGGCGGAUACGGUGGCUUUGGCGGCGGCGGCCGAGGCUUCGGAGGCGGCGGCCGAGGCUUCGGCGGCGGCGGCUUUGGCGGUAAGGGCUUCGGCGGAGGCGGAUUCAGCAGCUUCGGCGGCGGCAAGGGCUUCGGCGGCGGUAGCUUCGGCGGCGGUAGCUUCGGCGGCGGUGGAUUCGGCGGUGGCGGAUUCGGCGGGAAGGGCGGCUACUACGGCUGAGGCGAUACACCCGACACGCCCACGGCCCAGCGCUGCCCUGCUGGUGACGACAGAGGCGGCGGCGGCAGCAAAGCAAAUGUAUAUGGAAAUUAAUUGUACGGGAAAUAAAACCACCUAAUAUUG